AUGCUCGCGUUUUUACCCCGGGCCGCGGGCCGCGCUCGCGGCGCCCGCGGCGCCCGCGGCGCCCGCGGCACCGUGCGCUACGCGGCCGCGAAGCCGCAGGUGACGCUCUUCACGAAACCAGGCUGCACCCUCUGCGACAAGGCGAUGGAGAAGCUGAAACAGUCCUCACAGCCCUUUGAGCUUUCCACCAUCAACAUCGAAGCCCCAGGCAACGAGGAGUGGAACGCGAGGUACUGGUGCGACAUCCCAGUCUUCCACAUCAACGGCGCCUUCUGGGCCAAGCACCGCCUUACUGAGCAAGAGGUGGAGGCGGCCUUGUCCGAAGCGGCCGAGGGCAGCUUCCAGCGGAGAGGCCCGGGCGUCCCAUCUCGUCGAAGAACCGGCGGGCGCGGGAAAUGGGAACGCGGGGGGUCACUGAGAGCUGCCGGAGAGGCGCCGUUGGCUGGCAAUGCAAGCAUGCCAGCUCAGAAGCGACCCAUGGCUUUGAUCACUGGAGGUUUGGGAGGCGAGGAUUUUUCGCGCGAAGAACAUGGUUUUGAUGUUCCGUGCUUCAGAUUGCCUGAAGUUGAGUCACAGGUUGAAAUCCGCGUCUGUCCGCAUGGCGCGGAGAGCACUGCCUGGAUGGCGGGUGAGUGCGAGGUCUUUCUUGGAGGCUUGCCCCACGAGCCCGAGCUCCUAGAUGACCUGGAGCUGGCGCUGAGGGAAGCUCUCAUUGAGUUUGCAGCAGAAUGGCAGCCAGAUGCCACACCAGCAGAUGUGCGCCUGCGGCUGCACACCUCCAGGAGGAGCGACUGCCGGGGCCUGGGCUACGGCUUCGCCUGGCUGCCGCCCAGCGCCGGCGCGGAGCUGCUGGCGCGGGACGCGCUGCGCUUCGAGCUGCGGGGCCAGCAGUACACCGCGCUGCCGCGCGCGGCCAAGGGCCACGCCCGCAACCGCGGGCCGCCGCCCGCACGGCCGGUGGCCACCUGCCUCGAGAUCACGGCCUUCAGCGAUUUAGACCAUGAUGGGGUGAUGAAGGCAGUGAGCAGCUGGUCCGAGUUCCUGCUGCCCUGGGGUGUAGGACUCGAGCUGCGCCACUUCCAGGUGGGCUUUGGCGACUCCUUGCCCAAGGUGGGCCCCGGUGAUGGCAUCUACGUGCUGGGCACCCAGGGCUCUUUGCCGCGGAGCGCGCUGGAGUCCUUGCGUGGUGCGCCGGUGCUGGUGCUGGCGGCGGAGAACCCAGGUGACGUGGAAGCUGAUGUCCUCACUUGGGCGGAGCUCGGAGUGGAAGGCGACCGAGGCUGCUGCGAGGCGCUAGUGGCCUGGGCUCUGCGCCGGAGCGUGGCCUCUCACCUCAGCGGGCGCCUGAAAGUCUUCGUGUGCGACUGUGACCACACCCUGUGGGGAGGAGUUGUGGCAGAGGACGGCGUCGAGGAACUCGACAUGGGCGGGCCCUUCGGCCUAUUGCAGGAGAAGGUCUCCAAGCUGCAGGAGCUGGGUUGCCUGGUGUGCUUGGCCUCCCGCAACGAGGAGGAGGACGUCUUGCGGGUCUUCUCAGAGCGGGAGAUGGCGCUGAAGAAAGAGCAGCUGGCGUCAUGGCAGGUGCACUGGGGCUCCAAAGUCUUGAGCCUGCGCCGCCUGGCCUCCGAGCUGCGUUUGGGCCUGGAGGCCUUCGUCUUCCUGGACGACAACCCGGCGGAGGUGGAGGCAGUGCGGCAGAGCCUCCCGGAGGUCUUGACGGUGACGAUCCCCUCGGAGCGCGACGCCUUCACGGCGCUGCUGCGGUGGCACUGGGCCCUGGACGCCUGGCGCACCAACGGCGCCACCGUGGAAGAUGCGCGGCGCACGCAGAUGUACCGCGAGGCAGCGCAGAGGAAAUUGGCGCGGCAGAAGGCGCCCAACUUCCAAGCUUUCCUUCAGUCUCUUGAGGUGAAGAUCGAGCUUCGGAGACCCUGUGCUAGCGAGCUGGCUCGGGUCUGCCAGCUGUCGCUGCGCACCAACCAGAUGAACUCCACGGGCCUGCGCUUCGCCAGCGAGGCGGUGCUCCAGGAGUGGCUAGGUGAUGGCCAUUGGAUCCUGGCCGCCUGGGUGUCAGAUCGGUUCGGGGACUACGGCCUGGUGGGCUGUGCCUUCUGCGCUGAGACGGAGGUGCUGGUGGUGGAGUGCCUCUGCAUGUCCUGCCGGGUGCUGCACCGCGGUGUGGAGGAGGCGCUGCUGCGGAGCUGCGCCGAGAGCGCCGACGGCAAGGUGAUGGUGCCUUUCCUGCCGACGCCCCGCAACGAGCUGAUGCGGCGCUUUCUCGCGCGUGUGGCCAGCUGGGCGGAGGUGUCGGAGGCGGAGGCUGGGGCCACGGUGGCGCUGGGCCGCCACGGGGGCCGCCGGGGGAUCCUGGCGCCCGCCAUGGCGCUGCCGGCGGCGAAGCUUCGGAGCUUGCGAGGCGAGAACACUUUGGACGAGGAUGAGGCCGGGAAUGAGGAGCUUCAGAGCGAUGCCAAAGAAGUCAAGGCUGACGCCAGGGCUGCCGUGGAUUGGUCGGCGCUGCUCAGCCACGGGGCUGCCCGAAACUUAGGCAGCAUCGCGCAGAUGGGCCUGGAGGCGGCUGGCUCGCAGGAGCGGAGAACGUCGGCUCGAGAGCGACUCAGGUACGAGCUGGCCGCCGCGGGCGCCCCUUAUGUGGUCACAACCUCCAGAAGCGGGCGCAUUGCUGCUGGCCAGCCGGAAUUGGUCCAGCUGCAGGAGAACUUGCGUCAGUUCUGCAGCCACUACAACGCCAAGAUCGAUGGUUGUGACAUCGGCGCUCUGACGGACCUCUUCCAGUGGAUGCAACGCCCUGACAUGCAAGCGGAGGAGACGGAUCUCUUUACGACCUGCAUUGGAACUGUUGAGAAAGCGCCGGCCCUCCUGAGCGAGGCGGAUGUGGAGAAGCUGCAAGCGACACGCGGCCACAUGAUGGAGACCGUUGGCAUGUUGGAGAAGGAGUUGGCGAACGGGCCAGCUGCGCAGCAAGAGUGGCAGCUGAGGCUGAACUGUGGAGUUCCGGUGAAGCACCGGAGCACCUGUCAGGGAGAUGAAGAAGAAGAUUCAGCAGAUGGACGAGGCAGGAUGGGCUGGAGCUUCGCAGGUGUGUGCCUGCAGGCCCUUGCUGCUGGUCAGAGCGACAUCACUACUUUGCCAGCAGCAGAAGACCUGACCUUCUCCCUGGACAACCUGUCCCUCACAGGUCCCUCGCAGGACCUGCCGCUGCAGGCGGGGGAGGUCUUCACAGAGCUGCGCCUCGCGGCGGCGAGCGCAGACUUCGACGCGGCGCUGCAGGCGGCGCUCUGCGUGGUGCAGGCGGACGCGCAGCCCUCGGUGAGCGGGUGCUCCGGGCGCCCACAGGGCCUGGGCUUCAGCGGAAACGCGCUGCAGCUGGCCGUGGCAGAUGGGGAUCUCGUGGCCCAGAACUUCGCCUUCAUGCAAGGAGGCGUCUACCGGCUGUGCUACUCCUCCGACGGUAGCUUCUCUGCCGCGACCAGCUCCCUGGUGCCUGUGCCAUACGAGCUGCGGGUGACGGGGGCGCGCCUGGACUGCGGCUUCGACCGAUGUCUGGAGGAGUUUCCGUGGAGAUGUUUCACCUACCCCGACGAGCCGGCGCCUGCGCACAGCUGCGUGGUGCGGGUGGACGCGCUGGAGCUGGUGGCGGCGACCCAGGCGCGGCUCUCCUGGGGAGCCAUCGGCUCGUGUGACAGCAGCGACUCUUGGGCGCUGGCGCCAGCGCCCCUGGAGCCAGCGCUGGGCAGCCAAGGCAGGGAGUUCCAUCUGCAGGCCCUGGCCAGCGAGGCCUUCAGUGUGCAAACGUGCCUCUGUCCGGGCUACGACGACGGGGAUGGCUCUAGCUGCAACCACGCCGGCGAGUUCCUGCAGCGCUUGGGCAGAGCAAUCUUCUACCAAGCGCGGACAUGCGAGGAUGGGCUUUGCAGCAUGGUAUAUGCAAGCGUUCUGCCGAGCUCGCCCUUUACUUUGCGCCUGGACUGCGGUGGCGCCUUCUGCAGCGGUAACGGAAGCAUCAGGAUCAUCGACCACAGCGCGAUUGGUGCCAACGACCGGCCAUCUUGGCAACCAAGUGCUGGCUGUCGCCUUGCGGCAAGCUCAACGCAGCAUUGGAUGUCGGGCCAGCGCAGCGGCACCGAGGAGGUGGAGCUCUUCGGCGGCCUGGCUCUAGGCCCUGGAUUCACCAGCGGCUUCCCAACAUCUCAGUGGUUCGAUGUGUGCUACUGCGACAGUCAGUGCGAAGGACCUUCAUCCGGAGCUGCCUUUGCUGCCAACGAAUUCGGCUUCUACAAAGUGGGCCGCAUCCGAGUCUCGCCUUUGAGGCCGCUGGCGAAUGUCUCCGGUGCGGCGGCCGCGGUGGUGGCCGGGCUCCCGGGGCAACUGCUGUUCGAAGGCUCCAACAUCCCAUUGGCUCCCCCUGCGCAGAUCAAGCUGCUUUGGGACGGCGACAGAGUAGUGACGAGCUUGCAGUGUAGCGCUCUCGUGGGACAAGUUACCUUUGCCAACAGCACCUCCGGUCCCUUCUGCAGCAGCCAGGACUCAUGCAACUAUCGUGCCUCCCAGCACUCGGGCGCGGUGGUCUUCAACGACGGCGGAGGGUUGGGGGAGAUGACCCGCUUCCCCUCGGCGGGCAUUGUGGCGGUCUGUUAUUGCGGCGUGCUCUCUGAUGAUGGAAGCUGCUUGAGGGAGAGCCGUUCGUAUUGGAUCCUGGCAGGUCUCAUGCUGGUCCGAGGGCCUUGCGUCCUGAGCUCUGGGCUUUGCCAGGAGAGCUCCUGGAGCUUUCCGGUGGGCCUCACCUUUCGCCUGGAGCUGCAGGGCUUGGGCCUGCGCUCCACGGACAAGCUGCGGAUCCUCAACGUCUCAGGUGAUUGCAGCGCCAGUGGAGAUGGAGAUGGCGAGCCGACAGUGUUCAAGGGAUGUCCUGCAGACUGUACGCCCCUGGACAGACCAGACACCUACCUGUAUGGUGGUGGCUUCGGCAAGGAUGACAUCGACCUGCGCAUAGACAGCUCGGAUGGCCAUAGUUGCAACGAGCAGAAUGAAGGGUGCGGCACAUCAAAGGUCAUCGAGAUCCUCACGUCGCCCGACUACGUGGACUUGCGAUUUGAUUCAGAUCCUGGGCUGCAGACAGGCGACUUUGUCGUCUUGGACGCUGUCUCUGGAGGCACUGAGGAGGAGAAUGACCUGGUGUCUGGCCAGCUGGGGCUGGAUCAUGUUGGCCACCAAGUCACCAGGCUCACAGAGGCCGCCGCCGGCGCGGCAGGCGCCGCAGGGCUUCUCUAUCGGAUCUUCGUGGCGUUGCCUGGGCAGCGCCCGACUUUCUCCCCAGGCGCUGGCGGCUGGAGGCGCCACAACAUGGCGCGCACCAAGCAGGAGCUGAAGGCGACAGAGGCGAAAUUCGAGCUCCAAGUGUGCUGGGGCUCUGGCCCGGACACGUACCACGUACGAGCCGGGCGCGUGAGCUUCCUGCAGCCGGGGACCAUGGAGGCAAACCUUUACCUCACCUCCCUCGAAGGAGCUCGGCCGGCGCCGCUGGUGCUGAGCUUCCGAACCGCGCUGGAGGGGGUGGCCAGCCGCUACCGCCAGGCCCAGCAGUCCAUGCGACUCAGGACGGGCUUCCACGACGUGGGUCUUCUUGAGCCGCGUUUGGCCGACGCGGGCGCCAGCAUCUUUGCCGUGCCCAGCGACCGGGACUCCUUGGAAGAGGCCUCCCAAUCAGUGUGCGGAGUCUUUUUCCUCGAGCUUUGGUCCAGUGAUGCAAAGGGCUUCCCUUUGCCCAAGGGCUGCUACUUUGGUGCAUCGCAAGGCGCAGAGCGCGAGAUGAACGUGAUCUUCGACCCCAAGAACGGCUUGGAGUUGGACUCGAACUAUCAAAUCGUCCUGAAUGCCAUUGUGGCCAGCGGGUCGACACCUGCCGACAAGGUGGUCUCCGUUUGGUCUCUGGACGAACUCCAGAACCAGCCAUAUGGAGUUGUUGAGGUUGGCGACGCACGCCUGGCCAUGGCGCCUCGCAGCAGCUCCGCAGUCGGAGAGCCCCGCUUCGCAGCCAACGGCUUCGAGCUGCUCAGCACAGGCUUCGAUCGCCUGGUCGAGCUGCACGGCAAUUCCCAGGUCCUCUUCCGGCUGGGAGGAGAGGUGCAGAGCCCCAUCCGAUCCGGAGCGGUGCUCCGCAUCUUCUUCCAGCCCCUGACCGUGUGGGACUUGCCGCUAUGCCAAGCGACCUGCUUCCCGCACUACUCCCUGCAGUGCGGCUACAUCGCUUCCUGUGCCACAGAAGCAGUCUUGCCUGGUGGUCGGCGCAACAUCGUGAAGCUGGCGCUGCCAACGGAGAUGACGGAGAUCGCGGGCUCGAUUUCUCACACGGUGCGCGUGUCGCAGCUGACGCUGCCACCGCAGGGCUUCUUCGGCACGCGGCUCCUCGCUCAGGUGUCGUUGAGUGAUGACUCGCGGGUUCACUUCACAGAGUCCUCUGGUGUCUUUCUGUGGAAGGCUCCGGCAGCCAGCGCCGGCCUGGCGGGUGUGGUGACGGUGGAAGGGGAUGGCAACCAACGGCCCUUCCGUGGGCAAACCGAGAACGUCCUUUACAUGCAGCUUGCAUUUGGCGCCACCCUCUUUGCGGAGCUUCAGGACGGGGACGCCUCCUUCACUUUGCGGCCGCCACCGGGCUACAGCUGCGUGGCGGCGGGCGCCGCGCCGGACAGCCUGGGUUUUCUGGGUGUUGCUGUACCGCAAGGCCGCGGCUCUCUUGAGGCUGCCUGGACUCUGAGCACCUGCACCUACAGCCUCAAAGCCGGGCAGCUGAUUCCAGCAGGCACCAGAGUCCUGGUGGCGCUGACAGUGAACCAGCCCGAGACAGCGUUGCCAUCGGAUGGCCUCGUGAACCGCUGGUAUUUGCAGCUCCGCUCCAAAGGCCGGUACCGGGUGCAGACGCAGGAGCCUGCCGCCACCAGCUUUACCCAGGCGGACGGCAUCGGUCGUGGCGUAGCGGUGCUGGGCCGGCUGCAGCAGAGCCUUCAGCCCAGCAGCUUUGCAGCGGGCGCUGCUGUCACGCUCUUUGUCUUCCUCAAGCCGGAGCAAUCUUCCGGCUACGGUGGCCAGGUGCUGGUCUCAGCACCGGAGGGCUUUGACUUUGCGCCCUGCCUGGUCCAAAGCCUGCCGGAGAUCUACUACCGCAUCGGCAACGACAAGCAAGAUACAGCAGAUUUGCCGGGGGUGCAGAGCUGCGUGAGCUUCUGCAAGGGCUGCGAAGGCCCUGCGAACACUGUCCGCAUCACUUUGGCGAACCCCUUGCUCCCAGAGUUCUUCUAUGGCUUCCAGCUUUCCAUUCGGAAUAGCGACACCUUCGCAGACGAGGCUGCCUGGCAGAUCGUCACCAGGGACCCUUUGGACCGAGCCUUGGAUGCCGCCUUCCCCAAUGCGCAGUUGAACCCGGCCACCGGGGGGACAGGUCCGGUACUCGGCUGGGGCGUCUUCCAGCAAGGUUCUGCGACCUCCUCGGUGGCCAUGUCCUCACUGCGGCCCAGUGCCGUCACUGGGGCGUUGGCACUUCUGACGCUCCUCGUGCAGGUGCCGCUCAGUUUCACUGCGAGCUGCCGCCUCAUCGCUCCUGUCGGCUUUGAAUUGGAGACGACGACCUUCCAGUCGCAAUCAACUGCCGUACCUGGUAGCACGGCUGAUUGGCCGGGAGGCACGCCCUUUCAGACAGGUUCGACGCUCUAUGACGAUCAGCCUCCAAAUGCGAUGCUAUGGAUGCCGGCGACCUACUCCAGCGGGCGAGUCUACGGAUUUGCGGUUGGCAUCAGCAUCCCUCGCUUCCCCGUGGCCACGAUGCUCUCUGCAUUUCUUCUCCAGUUCGGAUGGGAGGCAGCCACAUUGGAAGAGCGGCCGCUUGCUUUGGUGUUGCACGCUGAGAAGGUUCAGACCAUCGUGAACUUCCGAGUGGACUACACCUCCAACGUGGUUGGCAGUGGCCAGCGCAUCUCCGUGACCCUGGAGACCAUGUCUGACAUCCCGGUAGGUGGGCGCCUGGUGCUGAGCGCCCCAGCCGUCUUCGCCUUCCAGUCCCUGUGCUCGGUGCUGGCGGUGCCCGGUGAGCCGUCCAGCGGCCUGGAGACCAUGAACUGUGAAGCGGAGGAUGGCACAGUGACGCUGAGGCCGCAGAACAGCUUUCUCGCGGCGGGCGUCAUCAGCUUCGCCCUGGACGUGUGGAACCCGGCAGAGCCACUGAGCAGUCGCAGCGGCCACAACACCGCCUGCGGCAGCGAGAGCUGCUGGCAGGUCCAGAUAUUUGAUGCUCUCGGUGCAGAUUUGGAUGCCCCGGCCUACGUGGCCAGCUUCCCAGUGAACCAGCAGAUGCCGCAUGCGCAGCUGGUGGACUUGAACUCGGCUCAGAGGCUCGCCACCGGCCGCAACGAUCGCCCUGGGCAGAUCAACAAGCUGAUCUUCGCCUUCCGCCUGGCGCUGCGCGUUUCCUCGCUGGCGGCGCUGCGCCUCGCGGGGCCCCAUGGCUUUGCCUUUGCGGAGGACUGCCUGCCGGGGCUGACAACUGCGGCGGAGGAUGUGUUCGGAUCGGGCCUUGCAGGCUUUGCGGCCUGGGAAAGAACCGCGAAGGUGCAGUCCUGCGCUGGCCGCGGCGCCCGCGCCACGCUGGUGCUGCAGAUGGGCCUCCGCCCGGAGCGGCUCUAUGGCUUCCGGGUCACCGUGACCAAUCCUUUGGAGCUGCCGGAUCCAAACAGCUGGAGCCUUGAGUACGGCCGGGAGUCCGCGCUGCCUUUCGCCAGCUUCACGCCCUGGACGUUCACGGACAUCUCCUUGACACCGACGUUGAGGGCCAUCAGCAGCGACGAUGCCUUGCCCAAUCCGGUGACCUUGCGCUUCCGCCCUCACAAGGAGGUCAAGGGGGAUCCAACAGGCGCAGGCACCGGGGGCAUGCUGCAGGUGGCGCCCGCGCCGGGCUUCCGCGCGGCGGCGCGCGGCACGGCCUGCGAGGACUUUGUCCUGUUGGACGUGGGCGCGGCCGUGUUCUUUCAGCCGGAAGAGGUGUCUUGCCUGGCGGACAGCGCAGCCAACGGAGGCACAGGGACCUUGUCGUUCAUCUUCACCGAUGCCCGCAAGCUGGACCCAGGUCGCCUCUACGAGUUGGUGCUGCAGGUGGUGAACCCCUCCCAGAUCCCGUCAGCGGUGUCCACUUGGACGGUGUGGACCUUCAGCAACUCCUCAGGCUCGCUGGAGGUGGCCCUGGAUCGGACCAGCUUCCCGGGCUUCCAGCCGAACCUCCGGCUCGAGACCUGGCAGGUGGCGGCGCCUUCCGAGCGCCACGCGGGGCGCUCGGCGCCGGUGGACUUUCAGCUGGCGCUGGGCGGCAGCUGGCUGCCUGGCGCGCAGCUGCUCAUCCGUGCCCCGCAGGGCUUCGACCUCACGUCACCGCCGGACUGCGCGCCGCAGCUGGGCGGCGUGCUGGGUGGCCAGUCCACCACUGUGGGUCGCAGCUCCUCGCUACAAGCCUGCGCCCUGCAGGUCUGGCAGGAGGUUGCAGAGGCUGAAGCGGCCACUUGGAGGAUCUGGGACGGGGCCUGUCUGGAACCCAGCAACCUAUGGACGUGGAGGGCAUGGGAGGCCCAAGCCCAAUCCACCCCCCCCCGGCCCCCAAUCCACAUGAUGAUGGCGAGUGAAGCCUCGUGUCUCUCAGGUUCAGGCCACAAGGAGAUUGGCAGUUUGGAUCUUUGCGAGGAUGACUGUUCGGAUGUAGUCUACCAGGUUUGCAACUUGCAGGUGACGUCCGGUGUUUGUCACAACUUCGGGUACCGCGCUACAGCCAUCGCCGCAGUACCCAGCUGCAGCAAAGAGCAACUGCGGCUGGUGCUGGGGCAGGGCGAUCAAAUCGCGGGACUGCUGCACUUUGAGCUGGAAGUGAAGAAUCCAAUGAGCAAUCCUGGCUUGGUGGACAGAUACUGGGUAGCAGAGGUCUAUCCGCCUGACGGCGGGGUGAUGUCCGCUGCCACGGUCGCCUGGCGCGUGAUCCCGGAGCUCACAGAGUCCCGCGUUCGCUUGCUGGGGCCUUUGCUGGCCAGUGGUAGCCUGAGCACGUUGGAGGUGCAGUUCAGCAGCCCCGUCAUGGGAGACGCGGUGCGCCUGGACGCGCUGUCCUUUGGCUUCAACUUCAGCGCGGCGGUGGCCUCCGACGCUGGGGCAUCCCCGCUGGCAGUGCUGGGAUCCAGCGUGGAUUCUGUCACGGUGGGCGUUCACGUGACGGGCACCUCAACUCUGCAGCUCUCCUCCGUGCAGCUGGGGGUGGGCGCCGCCCACUUUGCGGUGACUGUGCUGCUGGAGGGCCUCGAAAGCGCCGAGGAUCUCAACGUCUCGGAGAGCGCCUCCUUCGAGGUGCCCGGCCGCAUCCUCGUGACCCGCAGCGACUUGCAGCCGGCCGGAGACUUUGCGGAUGUAGGGUCGGCCCUGCCACGACGCGGGGAUCCCGCCUGGGCCACGUUCGGGCUGCGGGUGACGGCUGCGGCAGGCGACACGCUCCACGUGUCCGGUCCACCCUUCACCUUCACUGGCGAUGUGCAGCUUCAGGGUGAGAACGAGGCUGAGGUGCAGCUGGUGUCGCUGGCCAACGCCACAGUGCUGUUCCUGACCCUCCAGGAGCCGCUGGAUGGCCUCUACGAGCUCAGGGCCGCCGUGCUCGCCGGGCCCGAGGCGGACAAUGGUGAACGCUGGUCCUUCGAGCUUUGGCCCGAGCAGAGCCAGGCCAGCCAGGAGCUGCCCAAGGCCACCAACGACGCAAGCCUCGGAAGCUUCAACUUGGUCGAGGUCGUGCAGCUCGGCAUCUCCGCUGGCCGUGUGGCGCCUCAAAGCUCGGCCGAGCUUGAGAUCUCAGUGGCCACCAGUGCGCAGCCGCGGGAGAUCUUGCUAUUUGCGCCCUUGGGCUUCGUGUUCCCUGAGAACUGCUUGCGCGAUACGCUGACGGUGACUUCACAGGUGCUCUCCUGCCGCCGCUCUCAGCCAAACGUGGCAUCGCUUCUCAUCGGCACCAUGCAAGGCGGCAUCAGCACAACCCUGGUAGCGACCGCUCCACAGAGCAGCAGCGGCCGCUGGUUUGUGCGGGCAAUGGCAGAGGGUGCGGAGGUGGGCUGGGGGACUGCGCCGGGCUUCGACGUCGCCCAGAUGGAGGCGGCCGAUUUGAUCUAUGCCGGGGUGCCCUCGAGCGCGGUUCACGUGGCGGUGAGCUUCAGGACUUCCCAGACGCUCAUGGGCGGCGGCAACAUCGAGGUGGUGGCACCAGCGGUCUACGGCCUGUCUUGCCUCGCCGCGGAUGGCUUCAAUGCUCUCUUCCUCCCUGGCCUGGGCGCCUGCGACAGCAGCCAGGGCUUGCUGCUGACGCUGAAUCAGACAUUGGCCCCUGGCAGCUACGCCUUUAUGGCCGGGAUGCGCACACCAGCGUUCACGCCCAGCGAGAACUUGUUUGACCUCCUCCUGCGGGAUGUGCAAGGAAAGGUGUUGGACGCCAAAGUGGGCAUCCCAGGGCAGCGCAUUGUCCACGGCCUCAGUUUGAACCCUCCUCAGCUGCAGUUUAGCAGCUCGGAGCAGGGCGUUGAGACGGAGAUCCGCGUAGUCCUACGGGUGGCAGAGACGUUGGACCCCCUGCAGGCCUUGGGCCCCGUUCGCGCGCUGCAGAUUGCGGUGCCGGAGCGGUUCACGCUCAUUGUCAAAGAGCCGGUGGUCAAUUUGGACGGCCUACCCACGCCAGAAGUUGGUUGGUACCACCUCUACUUCUUGGAGAAGCUCGUCCGUGUGGAUUUGGUGGCGAAUCCCGGCGUCCAGCCACCUCAGCUGCCAGCAGGGGACUACCGCCUCGCGUUCAAGGUGCGCUUGCCCGAGUUUUGGAUGCCAAGCGUCAAUGUGUGGCUGCUUUCCCUGUGCCGCGAUCUUCUUUGCUCGGAUCUGAUCGCCACCGUGCCGGUCGCCGGCUUCAAGUUCGGGGAUGCUCCGAUGGUGCAAGUCGAAACGCCUGUCGAGCCAGGAGGACGUGCAGGUGGACGUGCCUUGAGCACGCUGAUUCUGGUGCUCAGUCCCAUUUUCUGGGUGCAAUCUAUGGUCCAAAGCUGACCAUACAUCUACAUUCAAUAGUGUGACAAGUUAU